AUGGGUCUGCUGUGGUGGCCGCGGGUGGGGCUGGCGCUCGUCGCCUUGGAGGCCGCGAGCGGGCGCAGCUACCCCAGCAUCAGGAACAGGACCUUCAUCAACCAGUAUCUCGACAGCCACAACAACUACCGCAGCGGGGUCAAUCCCCCCGCUUCCAACAUGCUGUACAUGGUGUGUGUCCGCGGGGUGGAAGGAGGAAAGGGAGCCGAGGGCGGGGAGUGCUUGGGGAGAAGCUGCCCCUGUCAUGUGCCCCUGCCUCAGGCAGUCAGUGUUGGCUGCUGUGGGGGUGCUGGGAGAAGGCUUCGCCAAGGGGGGCAAGGGGAAGCUGCCCCUCUAAAUCAAGUAAAUCAAUAAAAAUAGUUAACUAGCUGAGGGGCUGGCCCCCAUAUUAUUAUUAUUAUUAUUAUUAUUAGAGCUUAAUACACCGCCCUGUACCCGGAGGUCUCAGGGCGGUUCACAGAAAAGAUCACAACAUAUAUAAUCAGAAUAAAAACAACAACCCCACCUCAGAAAAGAGCUAUAUUUUAAAAGGGUAUAUGAAACCUGUCUCUCCCCCCCCCCCCAUAAAUCCUGACUACACCCAUGGGAGAAGCCUUUGUGAAUGGCUGGGGGGGGGGUUGCCACAGAUUACAGAAUAACAGACCAGCCUUGGUUUACUACAUACCUUGAUGCGUUGUUGCCAGCGGCGACGACAAUCUUUUCUCUUUUUUAGGGUUUUCUGUCCAUUUAGAGUUACACCUCAUGUCUUGCUUCUGAACUAUAUGCAUAAUUUUUACAUAGUCGAAUGAGGAAAACUUGUUGGUUCUUAAAAAACCUAGCAGUUAUAUUUACUGCUGCUAAGUGUGUAAUGCUUUAUUUAAAAUAAUGUUUAAGUAUAGAAGUACCAGGCUCAGGCCCCGAUUCUCUAUGAGUCAUGGGUCAUGGCAUACCUUCCUUAAAUAAAUAAAUAAAUAUUGCCUUCAGGUUCCUGGGCGAUGAUUACAUUUUCCAGGGUUUAAUUGAUUCCAGAACUCAAUCCCUGCAUAAAUUGAACCCUGACUAAUGGCUGUUUUAGGUUGAGCCAAGACUGACUAUCACCUGUCCUACAUCCAAGUUAGCUUGUUACCCACAGGGCGGUUACCCACAGAAACCAAGAAUAAUAGGUUGCUUACUUGUAACUGAUUAAGUCAUCUUGUUAGUGAGUAUUUCAAAGAACUGUUUAUGUAACAAAAAGAAUGACGAUCAGAGAAGAAGAAGAAACCCAUCCUUUUUAUAAUUCUUUAAUAGGAUGCUACGAUUUUUACUAUAACUGCAACCCUCUCUUUUAUUGCACCAAAUAUGCGUAUAGUUCUAGAUGCUUUUCUUUGCCUUUCUUUUUAUGCUUUUCUUUCAAACUAUAUAUGCUUUUUCUUAUUGAUAUAAGUUAUUGAUAUAACUUUGCAUAUUUUUCCUUCUGUAAAGAAAGUCCAGACUGUUCAUUAAGUGGAAUAUAAAAUUAAUUCAUUAUUUUAUUGUUUUAAAAUGACCAAAACAAAACAAAACAAGAUAGUCUGAAUCACUUCCACCUUUGGGAGUAUUUGUUUAAAUUGUUGAUUAUCUAAGGCAGCCACUUGUUUUGCAUCUCUUGAUUGUUUUUACCCAGACCUAUUCAUUAUUAAUAUAGAUUUUUAAUUUGAAUGACACACUCCAGUUGUAGAGGAUCCCAUAUUUGCAGUUUCUCUAGUAAGAACUGAAAAUCAUUUUUUCUUGACAGUAUUUCAGCAUGAACAUAAAGACUAAGGUUUCUGUAGUUUCAACAAUCAGUUUCCUUUUGGCCACACAUUCCACUAAAUAACAGCAUGAAAGUAAUGAAAAUGUAUUUUAAUUCAUUCAGUUUCUUUGACAUUUUAGUUCCUAUACAAUUCGCUGUCCCCCCAAUCAAGAAAAGCAAUAAAAUACUUAACUGAGGCUCUGCCCCCCAACAUGAAGCCUGUCCCAACACAAAUUCUGGCUAUACCCAUGCCUGUGGGUAGAUUCCCUUGAACUCAAUGGGGCUUUCUUCUGAGUAGACGUAUAGAAUUUCAUCAUUCGACAGCUUGAUGCAAGUACGGUAAAUAUUUCUGAAGAAAUACUUGCUAGAACUCAAGAUGUAUUAUCAGCACGUUUACUAUACAUGUAUAAUGUUGUGAUAAUGUCAUAAUUUUUUAUAUUUUGCAGACAUUUGAUCUAGCUUUGGCUAGAAUAGCUAGAGCAUGGGCACAAAAAUGCAUUGUUAUGCAUAAUCCAACUGAUAUGGUCCACCCUGAUCCUAAAUUUAGGCCUUUUGGAGAAAAUAUAUGGGCUGUAACUGGCUAUAAAUACCCAUUUGAUCCUGCUGGCCCUAUUGCAGAUUUUUAUGACGAGGUAAAAUACUACACCUACAAUACCCACAAAUGUACACGUGUUUGUGGUCAUUAUACUCAGGUAAGUUCUUCUCUUCUCUGCUUACAUAGUCCACAGAAUUUGAAGCAAAAUGCAAUAACUUUAAUUAUUUCAGACAAUAAAAGUAUGAAGAAAAUAUUGUAGUUGCUCUGUGAUCAUAAACUGUGAAGUAAUAAUCUGCAUUCUGUUAUUAUCAAGGAUACUUAGUUAUAAAGUAUAUGGAGUGUUUACAAUUAAUUUAGAGGCAACUGACAAAACAAACCACUACUUUAUUUCAGUUCCAAUAUUAAGUUAACAUGUAUUGCUGAUGGUUGUAAGAUUCGUAAAAACUGAGCUACUAGCACCUGGCCAGCACUAAAUGUUACAGGGCAUAUACAUAACAGCAGAGUUCUUACUAAGAAAAGGAAGGGCAUUGAGUUUUGUUUGUAGCCCACUUCUGUUUAGUUUCAAUUAUGUCAGAUACAAUAAGACUUAAAUAUGGGACAAAAAGUUGGGAUACUUAUUGGGGAGAAUCUGGUGUUUUUCUAUCUUUUUUUGUUAUUUGUGGGGGCUGGCAUGUCUUUUAUUGUGGAAAAUUUUAACACACACACAUGCAUAUACAGUGGUACCUUGGUUUACAACCAUAAUCCAUUCCGGAGGUCCGGUUGUAAACCAAAACAGGUUGUAACCCAAGGCUAGCAAUUUCGCCAAUGGCCCCCCCCCUCCCAAUUGGUUGUAAUCCAAAAAAAGGGAUACGCACUUCCGGGUUUGACGUUGUUGUAAUCCAAAACGGUUGUAAUCCAAAACGGUUAUAAUCCAAAAUGGUUGCAAACCAAGGUACCACUGUAUAUAACAUGCAUCACCUUGGCCCCAUGAUUGAGGGACCCUAGGGCCCUAUUCGAUCAAUGUGGUGUGUGCGCAUGACAUCAUCAUGCCCCGCGGCAUGCUAACAUAUGCCGCAGGGCAUGCUGUCGCACACACCACAGUGCAUGCUGAUGCGUCGUUUGGAUGCCCUGCGGCAUGUGCCUGCUGCCACUGUCGAAGUUGGGGGGGCACAGCCCCCUGAUUUGGAAUAUAUGAAUGACUUAAAAUACUUGUAGUUCUCAGCAGAAUGCUAGCUCUGUCUUCAAAAACUGAAUCACCAUGAAUUUAUACAUUUUCCUGACAGGAAAAAUAAUCAGUGAAGCUUGAAAUAAGACAUCUAAGACAGAUCAUUCAUCAGCCAGGAUUAGCAGAAAUACUACUCCAUUUACAUGGUUCAGUGGUAGAGCACUUGCUUUGCAUGCAGAAGGUCUCAGGUUCAGUCCCCAGCAUCUCCAGGUAGCGCUGGGAGAUGCCUUUCUGAAAACUUUAGGAGUACAGAAUAGGAUACUUGAAUAGUAAUCUAAGGUAUAAAUGUGCCUUUAGCUAAAUGCCAAUAAAAGUGGAGGGAGGGAGAGCAAAAUCUGGAGAAAAAAAUGAAUGUAAGAAAUGAUACUGUUGAACGAAGCUUGGACUUUAUAUUGUAUAAUCAAACAUGUUUUUUUCAGGUUGUUUGGGCUAAUACUUAUAAGAUUGGCUGUGCUAUUGUUCACUGUCCUGCGUCAACUAAUAGCAAAGGAGCCAAGACCAAGAAUUUUUCAUAUUUCGUUUGUACUUAUGGUCCACCGUAAGUUAACAAAUCUUAAAGCGAUCUAAACUUGUGUUACACUUAGUAAUCAUAAAACACCAAACUGUACAGUGGUGCCUCGCAAGACGAAAUUAAUCCGUUCCACGAGUCUCUUCGUCUAGCGGUUUUCUCGUCUUGCAAAGCAACCCUAUUAGCGGAUUAGCGCUAUUAGCGGUUUAGCGGCUAUUAAAGGCUUAGCGGCUAAAAGGCUAUCAGUGGCUUAGCGGCUUAGAAAAAGGGGGGGAAAGCGAAAAAAAAUCUCAAGACUCGCAAGACAUUUUCGUCUUGCGAAGCAAGCCCAUAGGGAAAUUUGUCCUGCGAAGCGCAUCGAAAAACGGAAAACCCUUUCGUCUAGCGGGUUUUCCGUCUUGCGAGGCAUUCGUCUUGCGGGGCACCACUGUAUGCCUGUUUGAAACUGAAUGUAUUAAUUUUGGAUUUUGUAAGCUAAUUUACAUUUCAAUUAUUUUUUAAUUGAAAAGCAACCAGAAAACUUAACAGCUAUGCUUUUCAGCCUUUACAAUUUUAAACGUUAUAUUCUGUGAACUAAAAUAUCAAGAACUGUAAAAAGUUCUCAGAACAGUUAGGAAAACAAGAAAAUGAUCAGAAAUAGCUUUAGUUCUGUCCCACCUGUAUCUUGAACUUAAAUAAUGUACAGCUUUAUACAAAAAACAAUAUUGCAAAUUACGGUAGGCUGCAUGAUAGGCGGCAUUAUACUCAAUUUACCGUAUUUUUCUAAGACUUGGUUUUUUUACCCAAAAAUUAGGUUUAAAAUUGGGGGUUGUCUUAUACAUGGGUAGUGCUGAGGGGUGUUUUCUAAAUUUGGAGUCCCCAAAAAUACCUGGCAUCUUAUACAUGGGGAAGGGAGAGAGAGAAAGGCAGCGACCAUUUUGCACAGGGGUUCUGUUCCUGGCCCCCAUGCACUUUGGUGGAGCAUGUAUAAGCCUGCUUCGCCCUUUUCCUGAUCCAAAAGGACCCACGCAUUGGCGAUCGUGCAUCAAUUGGUUGCGCACAAAAUUGUCACCGCCUCUGUGUGUGUGUGUGUGUGUGUGUACACACACACACUUUUUACUUUGUAACACUGAAUUUGUCUUUCCUUCCAGAGUUGCCUCAGCUAGUUAGCCCUCAUUAACUAUAUGAAGCUACAACAGUUUAGUCCUGUUAGUUAGAAUAGUUUAGUCCUGAUGCAGCACUUUAUUCUUACAUAGAAUCUCAUAUAACGUGCUGCCGCUUCAUCCGUCUGGGAAGCAGUGGCGGAACUUCAUGCUCCAGCACCAGGGGGUGGAGAGCAGGCGGGGGCGGGGCUGGAGAUGUCUUGUAUAUAUAUCUUAAUGGUGAUGUCUUGUACAGUGGUGCCUCGCAAGACGAAAUUAAUCCGUUCCGCGAGAGUCUUCGUCUAGCGGUUUUUUCGUCUUGCGAAGCAAGCCCAUUGACGGAUUAGCGCUAUUAGCGCUAUUAGCGGUUUAGCGGCUAUUAAAGGCUUAAAGGCUUAGGGGAUUAGCUGCUAAAAGGCUAUUAAAGGCUAUUAAAGGCUUAGCAGAUUAGAUAAAGGGGAAAAGCGAAAAAAAAAUCUCAAGACUCGCAAGGUAUUUUCGUCUUGUGAAGCAAGCCCAUAGGGGAAUUCGUCCUGCGAAGCAACUUCAAAACGGAAAACCCUUUCGUCUAGCGGUUUUUCCGUCUUGCGAGGCAUUCGUCUUGCGGGGCACCACUGUAUAUUAGAAGUACAGACAUCUUCUCAAGAUCUCAGUAUUAGAAUAUGAAUACAAAGAGCUGCCAUUUCGCCACUUUUUAAAGUGUUGGGGACCCUCUUGUAAAAACACCUCAAUUAUUAUGGAGAAAAAACAAAAUUCUAAACACUUGAGGAGUGGUCAAAACAGUGGAGCAUGUAGGACUUCGGUUUAAAAUUAAAUUUCUUCAAACACACUUAUUGUACAAAAAAGUAAAAUUAGAUGUAGUAAGAGUAUCAUUUUACACGCAUAAAAGCUAAAUACUAAAGGUGGGGGAAACAGAAUGUUGUAAUAAAGCACCAGUAAAAACUCAGCACCUAGAGCUUGCCGAUUGCAUGGUCGGCGGUUCGAAUCCCCGCAGCGGGGUGAGCUCCCGUCUUUCGGUCCCAGCUCCUGCCCACCCAGCAGUUCGAAAGCACUCCUAAGUGCAAGUAGAUAAAUAGGUACCGCUUUAUAGCGGGAAGGUAAACGGCGUUUCCGUGUGCUGAGCUGGUGCUGGCUCGCCAGAGCAGCUUCAUCAUGCUGGCCACGUGACCUGGAAGUGUCUCCAGACAGCGCUGGCCCUCGGCCUCUUAAGUGAGAUGGGCGCACAACCCUAGAGUCGGACACAACUGGCCCGUACGGGCAGGGGUACCUUUACCUUUAUAUUGACACGACUAAACCACUAAACAACAACAAAUAUUUAAAAAACCUCUACCUGAGCUAGGAGCUAUCAGUUCUUAAUUGCAGAACAGUUUCAAAAAUUAUCAGUAUAAAUUUGUUAACUGACUGAAGAGCCAAGGCCGUAGCUAGGGGGUGGUGAGGUGGGCUAUCACCAGGGGCACAGGUGAGGGGGGGGCGCAAAUUGUCUAAAAUAUGUCUAUAAAUUAAAAUAUUGAUUAUUGCCUCAUAAGAAAAGGUUUUAAAUAGAGGGUGAAUAGAAUGGAGGAGAGGCGGAAAGAAGAGCUAAUUUGUCUGUGGCUAGGGUGUGCAAUCUGCCAGGGGCGCAAGAUCACCUAGCUACGGCUCUGUGAUUCCCUAAACAAAGGCUUCUAUAUACAAAAUAUUGUUUGUUAGUAACAUAGAAAGUAAAUGUUCUCCAGUUAACAGAAAUACAGUGGUACCUCUGGAUACGAACGCUUCUGGUUGCGCACGUGUCGGGUUACGAGCUCUGCUAAUCUGGAAGUAGUUGCUCCCGGAUGCAAACUUUGCCCCAGGAUGCGAGUGGAAAUCAUGUACCAGAGGCGCACGUGCGCACGCAGGAGACACACUUUCACUAAUGGAGCCUCGUGUUAAGAACAGUUUCAGGAUAAGAACGGACCUCCGGAACGAAUUAAGUUCGUAUCCAGAAGUACCACUGUAUAAAUAAUAUUAAUUUGAAAACAAAUAAUUACAGGGGUCAGGUAGCUGCAGGGCAUAAAAUACCAGUACAGUGGUACCUCGUGUUAAGAACUUUAUUUGUUCUGGAGGUCCGUUCUUAACCUGAAACUGUUCUUAACUGAGGUACCACUUUAGUUAAUGGGGCCUCCCGCUGAUGCCGUGCCGACACCACACGAUUUCUGUUCUCAUCCUGAAGCAAAGUUCUUAACCCAAGGUACUAUUUCUGGGUUAGCGGAGUCUGUAACCUGAAGCAUCUGUAACCUGAAGCGUCUGUAACCCGAGGUACCACUGUACAAGGUCAGUUCCAUGGAUUAUCAUGAUGAUACACAGACUAGCAUUGCCUGGAUAAUAGCACCUGGAAUGAUUUGCAACUUGCUGGAACCAAUAGAAAGUACAAAACAUUUUGAUCUUCAGUUUAAUUUAUGUACUGAAUACAUUAUUACACCCUGAAACUGUUUUUCAGGGGCAACUAGGAAAUAGGAAGAAGAAUGGAUGUGACCUUUGUGCCACAGGCUUCCAUCCAUAACAAAAGUCAGAUUUCUGUGCUCUGUACACACACACCCUUCACCAUCCAGAUAAAUAAGAAGCAUGAUCAUAGUUCAUGAACACAUUACAGACAGGCAAAAACAUUUGAGAGUGCAGUGCAGGGCUGGUGAGAAGAGAGAAUGCAACAUUGGGGGAGUUCCAAGUACCAGAUAGGCCUGGAGGUCUGCAUUUAGCCCCCAGACCUAGACAACUGAUUCAUUACAUCUAAAACCUUUUAUUACAUAUCCAGUAGCUUGCAUUUUCAUUUUUAGUUUUGUGGACUUUGUGUACUGAAUACAUAACGUUAUGUAAUAUUUUGUUCUUUAGGGGCAACUACGCGGGAGUUCGUCCUUAUAAAGCGGGAGCUCCAUGUAGCCAGUGCCCAAAAGGAGACACUUGUCAAAAGAAACUCUGCAGUAAGUAUAGAAUUAAAUGAUGCAAACAGUCAUGGAAAAGAUGAUGAUAUCAACCAUCACAUACAGUGAGGGGGGAAAGUAUUUGAUCCCCUGCUAAGUUUGCCCUCUGACGAAGAAAUGACGAGUCCAUAGUUUUAAUGGUAGGUUUAUUGUAGCUGUGAGAGACAGAAUAACAACAGCAGAAACCCAGAAGACAAAAGUCAUGUGCAAAGGCAUGUGAGUCCUUUCCAUGGGAGGUAGGCAGCAGGUCAGUCCAGUUGUGUAGUGCUGAGGAAAGGUGAUCAGGGUAAAGCUAGUCUCUCCUUGUGUGGGGCCAGUUGUCCUUUACCAAUUGCAUGGGUCCUUGGCAGUGGUAGUGCUUCUCCAGGACAGGGCCCAGACUCCUUCUGCCAUUUGGGGUCCUAAGCAGUUACAGGUCAAUGCCUGUAAUAAAUUGAGCUUCAAAACAUAAGGUAGCCAAUGUGGCCCUGUCAGAACCAGUGUUAUAUGACUGGUUUGUCUUAGGCCUACCAAUAAUCAGGCUGCUGAAUUCUGUAGUAGCUUCAGUUUCUGAACAGUCUUCAAUAGUCUUCAAAGGCAUUUGCAGAACAAGUGAAUUACAGUUAUCCUAUUUUAAAGCCUUUCUUCAUUUGUUAUAACUAUUCUCUCUUCCAGGAAAUCCUGAACGUGAGAAAGAAAACAGCCUACGUAUGUAUUAUAUAUCCGUAUUAUAGUUUAAAUUUACUUCAAGAACAAAACUCACAUUUCAUAAGAAUGCUUUUAUCUUUUUAAAAAUAGGCUAUUCACGAUGGUAUCCACCCUUUGAAUCCCGGAUUAUAUGUGAUGAAUCCUGCAUUGCAGUUGCAAUUUUAAGACCGUUAUUAAUGUUUCUAGCUUUUGCAGCUGUUUAUUACUUAAAACUCCGUUAUCCAGGUUUAGGUUAUAAAGCAUAA